UCUCAUUGUUCCAUCUUCCGUAGUCAUUUGGUUUAUUCAGCCCUUUCAGCCUUUUCCUCCUUCUACAUAGACUCCUACAAUAACCUGUCCAGUCUAUUUUCCUGGCUUGGGCUUUUCAAGAUAAUCAUAGAAACUCUUGUUUCAAUAUUAGCAUUGCAUCUUCUUAAUUCCAAGUCUUAAUACAGAUAUUCUUGGCUAUUUGAAGGUCUGACAUCACAAGCUCUUGACGCCACGAAUUUCCUCCGUACGUGCGCGACCACUUAUAACCGACCAUGAUUCCUCUUCGACGACAUAGAAAAUAGACAAUAGCCGAACUCACUAUCUUUUGCCGGUACCGACAUAACCUCAGCUAGCUGCGAUGCCAGCUCAAUAUUCGUCCGCCCUCCACCCAGGCGCUCGGGAUUCCCUCGAACUAGCCUCGUUAGCAUCCUCCAGUCGCGGUCCCGAUACCUACUCGGACACAGACUCUAGAGCGUCGCUAUCCUCCUCGCGGAAACUUUCGCUCGAGCAAGACGACCCGUUAGAUUACAAUAAUCCCGCGAGCCGUUCCGAUUUGAGAUCCGGUCACGGAAGAACGUACUCGGUCAAUUCCAACUUCGACUACGCCGCGAAUCUCUUCCCUCUCUCCUCAUCUACCGCUCCUGGUUAUGCCCCCUUAGGCGCGCCUACGUCAGCCGCUCAGCGCCAUGGUGGGCUGGGCGGACCCUCGCUAGAAAAACACAAAACGCUGACGUACUUGAACGGGUUGGGUUUAAUUGUAGGCUUAGUGAUUGGGUCGGGGAUCUUUUCGUCUCCAAGCCAGGUCAAUGUAAAUGUUGGCUCGCCUGGCGCAUCCCUGAUCGUAUGGGUGAUAUCAGGCGUCCUCGCCUGGACGGGCGCGGCGAGUUAUGCAGAAUUGGGGGGCGCCAUUCCUCUCAACGGAGGCGCGCAAGCUUAUUUAUCCAAAAUAAUGGGUGAAUUGGCUGGUUUUCUCUUCACGUGGGUAGCAGUCCUCGUUCUCAAGCCCGGUAGUGCCGCUAUAAUCGCCAUCAUCAUGGGCGAGUACCUCGUGCGCGCCGUGAUUGGAGCAGAAGCAGAAACGGUAAACCCCUGGAUCAACAAGAGUGUUGGCCUUGCCGGAUUGUUCGUCGUGACGUUCUUGAAUUGCAUAUCGACCAAGCUUGGAACCCGCGUAAACGACACGCUUAUGUUCCUAAAAUUCAUUGCCUUGAUAGGCGUUACUAUUUGUGGGAUCGUGGUGGCCCUUACUGGGUUUUCCACUUCUGGCAAAGCUAACGUGGAUUGGAAGAAUCACGCGUGGUUUGAAGGUACGAGCACGGACGCGACCCAUUGGGCUGUUGCCUUGUAUGCCGGACUGUGGGCUUAUGACGGCUGGGAUAAUACGAACUACGUAGUUGGCGAGUUUCGAAACCCCUCGAGGGAUCUCCCGCGUGUAAUUCACACGGCGAUGCCUCUUAUUAUCAUUUGCUAUCUGCUCGCCAACUUUUCAUAUUUUCUCGUUUUACCUCUAGAUGUUCUCAACUCCACUAAUACUGUUGCCGUUAUGUUCGGCAACAAAGUAUUUGGCCCCAUCGGCGCACUUAUCUUUGCACUGAUCGUUAGCGCCUCUUGCUUCGGCGCUCUCAACUCAUCUACGUUUACUAGCAGCCGGCUUGUUUAUGCCGCUGCUAAGGAGGGUUACGUCCCGGCCAUCAUUAGCCGUGUGGGUAUAGGUUCUCGGGAACCCGGCAUGGCAACUACGAGGACGAGGAAUUGGUUUUCUAAACGACUACACAAUAUGAUCGGCGAUGAAGAAACGGGGCUUUUCUUUACGCCGUUGUACGCGUUAGCGCUGAACGGCACUUUGACGGCUAUAUAUGUGAUCGUUGGUGAAUUUGGGGAACUCGUUACGUUUUAUGGGGUAGCAGGAUACUCGUUCUAUUUCCUCACCGUUCUGGGAUUGAUCAUCCUAAGGGUGAAGGAGCCGCAGCUGGAGCGGCCAUACAAGACGUGGAUUACGACUCCCAUAAUAUUCUGCUGCGUAAGCUUGUUCUUACUCAGCCGCGCGAUAUUUGCUCAGCCGUUGAAGACGCUCAUCGUCAUUACGUUUGUCCUAUCUGGGAUUCCGGUAUUUUUUUGGAGGAUACAGGGUCGGGACCAGGUCUCCAAGCGGGAGACUAGCUCCGGCAAUGCAGCGACGGGAUGGAAGUUCUGGAAACGAUGGCGGAAAUGAGCUAUGACUAAACAUUAACAUCCUAACUGCUUAGGAGGAGCGUUUUUUAUGAAAGUUUCAGCAAUUGGACAUAGCGAGCAUUUUGAAUGAGCACCAAGGGCCACUGGAGUACAUGGUGUCAUACAUACCAGUUUGUAGACUCGAGUUGGUGGUAUCAGUAAAUAGCGUAUAUUGCAUAGUCGCGUGCAUUAUAGUGUAAUAUGAAUGAGCCAAUAGAAAUAAUGACACAAGCAACUGCUU